AUGGCAUCCCGGCAACUUCACAUCCAUCUCAUCACCCUCCAAAAGGGCAGUACAGCCCAGGAUGUGCUACGAACGAUCACGGAAGGUCUGAUCAUCAAGGGUAGGCCUCACGGCUGGGUCCAUCAACCUCACUUCCUCGACAGAGAUCGGUUGCUUGCUCAUGACUGGCAUCUGUUCCUGGUGACGAUGGAGCCGAAGCUGCCACGUGAAACUCUGAAACUUGUCAAAGCCCACCUCACCAUUCCCUUCUCACUGCCAAAGGAUCAAUUCGAGCAGCUUCAGUCUGACUCGCUAUCUCGGCCCAAGGCUUCUGACAGAACACCUUUGUUGCCUCAAGAAUGGCAGGGAGGUGACAUACCAAAGUCGGCCAUAACCUCAGCAAAACAUGGCUCGCUUGGACCCGGCGAGCUUCACCUCGACCAAUCUAUGGCCGAAUUUCUGUCUAAUGCACUCCCUGUCGAGCUCGUCAAUGAACCGGUCAGCCUCUUCAACCUGUUCAAGUACAAGGGAAGCAGUGCAAUUCAUGACGACUACAUGGAAGACUUCAGGAAGGGAUUUGGCAAUUCCGCCGGAGCGACGGUGCGCUUCAUGGGUCCUGUGAGUGGACCCUUGACAUCCGACGAUGAUAGUCAUGUCGAGCAGAGCUGGGACGACGCCAACUUGGUCCAAUACGACACGAUCUGGCAUUAUGCGUACAUGCUGUCUACGGAUCUGUACGCCCCGAUGAACGAAAAGAAGGUUUCUGGCUUGGACGAUACGUGUAUUCUGUGCGUGAGCGAGGUGGAAGUCUGGCUUUAG